AUCAUAAAAAUUACUCAGUGUUUGAAAUAUUUUACAAUAUUACACAUAAAUAAAUCACAAAGAGUGCUCUAAAUAAUAUCAAAGCGGAGUGUCACACAAAAUUAUAAAUCUAAGUCUAAGUCUAAAUUAUAAAUAAGUCUAAAUGCAAACCGUCAUCGUAAAAAUGCAUAAACACUCAAAAGUCCAACGCUCUUCUCAAGUAUUGUUGCGUUACGCUUCCAGCGUCCAAUUGCUUACAAGACAAUGAAUAGUUGAGGGCACGUGUUGGGAGGUGUAGAGCGUGCGCGUGUAUUGCCCCGCCCAUACCCAAAAGCCGUACACGACGUAACGCUAAAAAGUUUGUGUUGUUGUUGUGCGCGAGUGCGUUAUACGACGUUUGUCUGCCGAGACCGGCGCAACCGCCACCGCUGCCGCCGUCGUCAGUGCUGACAAAACGCUUAAACGUCGCCUGUGACCGAGCACGGGCGCCGAGCUGCGAUGCAUGCGAACAGUAGCGGUCGAACAGCUUUAUCGGCACAAUCAUCGGGUACACCGUCGCAAUCAACGAUCUCGUCGUCGGGAAAGCAACAAGUUGUUGAGUUAUCGGGCUACGUUAUUAUUUUGGUUAAAAAUGUUGAGGGUAAAAUUAAGUUGUACGGCUCACCGCCCGAUCGCGAUAAUCUGGAAGUGGGCGAUGAGAUACUCGAGGUCAACGGUCUGACCUUGGAGAAUAUCUCGUAUGCGGAGAUUAUACGGCACAUCUAUGAGUGCAUAAAAUCCUGCACGAUUUGCCUGCGAGUGCGAAAAAAGAAUGAUACUCGAUUGGCCUGGGACAUUGGCAAUUCGGUGCAGGAAGCCUUCGUUAUCGCUGUCGAGGAGCAUGCGCGUGAGCGUCUGAAACGUUUGGCGGCGCUGAACCGGGUAACGCCGGUGGAUAUAACAGAGGUAUCGAAAACGCUGCAACAGACGAAGAGCGGCUCACAAUCGACCCAGAAGCAGGAUCUGAGCUUCCUCAACGAGGCCUCUCCCAUUUACGUCACCUCGUUCACAAGCACUCAGAUCACGUGCAGCAGUUCGACAGUCACCACCGCCACCGCAGCAACAGCCGGUCUCAUUACCUCGUCGACAAUUGCACAAACUUCCUCGGCGACGUCGACGGGCAUCACGACCACAGCGGCGGUUGUUCACGUUUCGGCGCCGCAGAGUGCAGUGGGCACAAUCGAUCGCAACACCAAUCAAACGACGGCAGCGAUUGCGAGCGCAACAACAGCAGCGGAAGUGGCCGCGGCAGCAGCAACGAAACUAGCCAAUCAUAGCGGUAGCAGCAUUUACCAGCAGCAACAAUUGCCGCAGCAGCACCCGACCUUGGCGAAGUCAGCAAACGCAGGUAAAGCCCAACAACACCCUCCACCGCCAUUAACGCUGCAACUGCAGCAGCAGCAGGCCGUGCAGGCGGCACAGUUGGCGCAACUGCAACAGUUGCAGACGCCAACGAUUGCCACCAGCCUGCAGCAUUUGUCUUUAGCUGAAGAGGAGGACGACGACGACGAUUUGAUUGGCAUUGACGCCAACUAUUAUAGCAUUAACUUUAUAAAAUACAACAACAAACACGCACAAUUGCCACCAACCACAACCGCGGUGGUGCUACCCGCAGCGCUAACAAGUCAGCUACAGAGGCAACAGCAACAGUUACAGCAGCAGCAGUUGGUACAGCAACAACUAGAGCAACAACAAGCGCCGCUGCAGCUGAUACAGACAAAGUCGCAACCGCACAUCCCACCCCCGUUGCAGAUCCCCAGCACAAUAUUUGUCGAUGCACAAACCUCCCCGCUAGCCGCGUCUGCCGUGGAUGAUCUGAAGGGACCGCUAACAGCAGCAACAGCAGCGGCAACUACGGCGACAGCAGCAGCUGGUGGCUCCACAACACCAACAACCGAGUACUCGACAGCCAUAUCCAGCAGCCACCUACAGCAGGCGUUCGCCUCAGCCACCGCCGCGGACCAGCAACAACGACAGCUGCAGCAACCGCAACUACAGCAGUUAUAUAACAACAACAAUAUAGCAGCAUCGAAUUUCGGUGAUCCGGCUGCCUUGAGCAACAGCAAUAAUAAAGCGGCCGGCGUGAUAGUUGAGCAGCCAACUGCUGGUAGUGGUGUAGGUGUGGGCGUGACUGCGGCUGGGGGCAGCGGGGCGUAUGGUAGUAGUAUUAGUAGUAAUUGUGAUUUAUUAAUAUCGAAUAAUAUACAUCCACCGAGACGAGAGUUACUAACUACACUUAAUGACGAUGGCAGGCACUUUGAUGGCGAUACAGCAAAUAGCAAAAACAUCAACAUACAAAGUGGCAGCUGCAGUGGCAAUAGCAACGACUUGCUAAACAAUACAACCAAUUUAUACGAUAAACAAAUACAACAAUUAAAAAGUAGUAGUCCAAAUAGUAGCAUAUCAAAAGGAAGAACUGAACUUUUAUUAGGAGACCAAAGUUUAAGGCAGGAAAUUCGGCCUCGCCGUCGCUCCGGCUCCAGUAUUGUCGUUAUUGAUGGUGACGAUUUGAAACCGUGCUUACCGGACGACUAUAUUAGUAGUCAGCAUUAUCGACAACAUUCUGGUGAUAGCAAAGAAAUCGAUCAGGAAAUGUUAACAAUGCUUUCAGUUAAUCAAGAUAAUGGUCCACAUCGUGAGAUGGCUGUCGAUUGUCCAGAUAAUUUUAUCGCGCGUAAUAAGACACCUCCACGUUAUCCACCACCACACCGUCCACCACAGCCAGCAACACAACAAUACAAAACUAAUAACAAUACACCACAACAACAACAGCCACUAACCGCAGCACAUAUGCGCAUAUCCAACAACAAGAAGGCGUAUCCGCCACUCAACAAUAAAUACUCUGCGACCAGCAGCAAUCCAAAUGGUAGCGGCACACCGCCCACCCCUGGCGAGGAGUUCGAACUGAUGGCUAUCGAUGGUGGGCUGCUGCAACGCGCCGGCUCUUCUUCGUAUUCAUCGUCAUACGAGGAGUCCAUCAGCAAGAGCUCGUUCGAUUCCAUUGCAUACUGUCAUUUGCAUAACAAAAACAACAACAUUAACAGUCUAAAUAACAAAAACAUUAACAUCAAUCACUACAACAACACGAGUAAUUCAUCAAAUUCAUCAUCGCCGUCUAAGCGUGGCGGUGGUGUUGGCGGCGGCAGUGGUGCUGGCUCUGGUUCUGCUGGCGUUGGUGGUUCACUGAACAGCUCUGCCGGCUCCUCGCCUAGUGGCAAUGAUGCGCCAUUAAUAGAGGGUUUGGGUGGCGCGCCGCCCGAGUACGAGUUGCUGCCACUUUCAAUGUGCAAGCAGGUGGCCGCUAGCCUACUACAACCGUCGGGCAAGCAUCGCGAGCUGCCCGUCGACGUGCCGGACAGUUUCAUAGAGAUAGUGAAGACACCGCCGCGUUAUCCGCCGCCACCACAUUUGUCCUCGCUCUCAUCGCAGCUGUCAUCGAAUUCGUCCACCUCGACGGCGAACACCACACUGACGCACAUCAACUCAUCGUCCGCCUCUUCCACCAAUACAAACAACACCACCAACUACAAUAACAACAAUAGCCACACUAAUGAUAACUCCUUUUCGCCCAUGUGCUCCUCUGUCUCCGGCUCUUAUUCGGCAUUGGCAUCCAUCUCCGCCACGGCCUCGGGUAUCGUAUCGUUGUCGUCGACAUGUUCACCACCCUCCAUGGACCAUCAGUCAUCUGUAACCACAAAGUCAACGCCCGGUUGUCAUCCACUGAAGCAAUUGGUUAAACAGAAGAGUCUGCUAUCGUUGGGCUCGUUGAGCAGCUCCUUUGAGAAAUUAGAUAAAUCAACAGCAACGCAACGUCAGCAACCGCAACCGCAAGUGCCAUCGGGUGGCAGCGGCAUAAGUGCAGUCGAUGGCUGUUUUGUGAGCACUGUGGGCAAAAGUGUCAAGACUUCGACCAAGCGCAACGAUGAGUUGAAUGGUUCUGUGAAGCCCGUACCGCCGCCACGCGAUCAUCUGCGCAUCGAAAAAGAUGGCCGUCUGAUAAAUUGUACGCCAGCGCCGCAAUUGCCAGAUCGUCGUAUGGGCAGCGUUGGCGUUGGUGGUGCGCCCCAGCAGCAGCACCAACAAAUUGCGCAAAUUGUUGAACCAACGCUAGAGCAAUUGGAUAGCAUCAAGAAGUAUCAGGAGCAACUGCGUCGGCGGCGCGAGGAGGAGGAGCGCAUCGCGCAACAAAAUGAGUUUUUACGCAACAGCUUGCGCGGCUCGCGUAAGCUGAAAGCUCUACAGGACAACAAGGCGGCAGCACAGCAGCAACAGCCGAUAGCCGCAGAGCGCGUGACGGGCGUCGAGAAUGAGGCGUACAUGGACGAUGAAGAUAUCGAGAAGAUCAAUGGCUACGGCGAACUAAUCGCUGCGUUGACACGCCUGCAAAACCAACUCAUUAAAAAUGGGAUGUCCACACUUGCGGGCCGAGUGUCGGCUGCCCACAAUGUGCUGAGCGGGGCAGGUGUGGCUCAUGCGCUUGCAGCACGCGCUGCUGUUCUACAACGCCGACGUCCACGUGUUGCUAAUCCGGUUAGCGCGAAUGCCACGGUGCUACAAAAGGAUAUCGUGGAACUGCUGACGCAGUCGAACUCCGCUGCCGCCAUUGAGCUGGGCAACCUGCUAACGAGUCAUGAAAUGGAGGGUCUGCUGUUGGCGCAUGAUCGCGUGGCGACACUCACUGAUGCCACACCAUCGCUAGUGCUUAGCGGCUCUAGCAGUCCACAGCAAACAUCAACAAGCGCCGGUGCUGCGCCAGUACUACUGCUUAAAAGUUCAGCGGUACGUGGCACAGCAGUAGCGCCACCUAUGGUGCCACCGCCAUUAGCGCAACGUAGCGCCAUGCCACUGCCGCAAAAUUUGACGGGCGGUGCGGGGACACAACCCUCGCCACCAGCGCCGCCACAACAUGGUGGCUUUAUGAAACAGCCAAUGCGCGCUGACUCGCCGCCGCUGAGCGCUUGCUUCGGCACGCUCAAUGAUCAGAACGACAACAUACGCAUUAUACAAAUUGAGAAGUCCACGGAACCGCUGGGUGCGACGGUGCGCAACGAGGGCGAGGCGGUUGUCAUUGGACGCAUAGUGCGUGGUGGUGCUGCCGAAAAGUCCGGACUGCUACACGAAGGCGACGAAAUACUCGAAGUGAAUGGACAGGAGCUGCGCGGCAAGACGGUGAACGAGGUAUGCGCGCUACUGAGCUCCAUGCAGGGCACGCUGACAUUCCUCAUCGUGCCAGCAGGCAGUCCGCCACCGGGUGGCGGCCACCGCGAGAAUGCUGUGCUGCAUGUGCGUGCCCACUUCGACUACGAUCCCGAGGAUGAUUUGUACAUACCAUGUCGCGAGCUGGGCAUCAGCUUCCAGAAGGGCGAUGUCCUGCACGUGAUCUCACGUGACGACCCCAACUGGUGGCAAGCGUAUCGCGAAGGUGAAGAGGAUCAAACACUGGCCGGUCUCAUACCUAGUCAAUCGUUUCAGCAUCAGCGCGAGACCAUGAAGUUGGCCAUUGCCGAGGAGGCGGGAUUGGCGCGAAGUCGCGGGAAGGACAGCAGCAAGGGAGCGACUUUAUUGUGUGCGCGUAAAGGGAGAAAGAAGAAGAAGAAGGCCAGUUCGGAAGCAGGUUAUCCGUUGUACGCUACGACUGCGCCGGACGAGACGGACCCCGAGGAAAUACUCACCUACGAAGAGGUCGCCUUAUACUAUCCACGUGCCACACAUAAAAGACCCAUUGUGCUGAUCGGGCCACCAAAUAUCGGGCGUCACGAGCUGCGCCAACGGCUGAUGGCCGACUCGGAUCGAUUUUCAGCGGCAGUGCCACAUACAUCACGUGCACGUCGCGAAGGUGAAGUACCCGGCGUUGAUUAUCACUUCAUCACGCGCCAAGCCUUUGAGGCGGACAUACUGGCGCGUCGCUUCGUCGAACAUGGCGAAUACGAGAAGGCUUACUAUGGCACCUCGCUGGAGGCCAUACGUACAGUGGUGGCGAGCGGUAAAAUCUGUGUGCUCAAUUUGCAUCCGCAGAGUUUGAAAUUGUUGCGCGCGUCCGACCUGAAGCCUUAUGUGGUGCUGGUGGCGCCGCCGAGUCUCGAUAAGCUGCGACAGAAGAAAAUACGAAAUGGCGAACCAUUCAAGGAGGAGGAGCUCAAGGACAUUAUAGCCACCGCUCGUGACAUGGAGGCGCGCUGGGGUCACCUCUUUGACAUGAUUAUCAUAAACAACGACACAGAUCGUGCUUAUCAACAGCUGCUGGCCGAGAUCAAUUCACUGGAACGUGAACCGCAAUGGGUGCCAGCCAGUUGGGUGCAUAACAAUCGGGAUGAGUCGUAAAGUCAGUGGAAAUAAGGUGUAAGCGGAAUGGAGAGGAGUAAAAUGCCAAAACACAGGGAAACGAAUAAGGAAAAUUAGUGGGAAUUGAGGGACGUAUAAAAAGAAAGCUUAGGAGAAAAGUGAAAAUCAAAGAGAUUUAGUGGGGCAGAAAAAGUGUUGGGGAGUAUCGUUGAAGAAAACUGUCAUUAAAUUGCGGUUUGUUGGAGGCUGAAGCCGAUAGAAAGUUGCGUUGCCGCUAUACAGGUGACAGAAAAUCGAUAGCAAGUCGAAGAGCUUUUUUGAACAUUUUUGAAACGAAUUUCAAUCGCGGAACUUUCUGUCUUCGAUCAACUAAAAGAAGCUUUCAUUAGGUUUAGCUCUUGGCGAGCUACUUGCCUACAACUUCGAUGACUCGUGCGCCUGCUAAUAUUGGCUUUGGCCACAGCUGUACCAACACUGCGACACAGUGGCUUAAGGCUUCGAAUAGGUUUCUAGCGUGGAACAGGAACAGGGUUCGCGUGGCGCAAGUGGCUGCCGAUGCUUUAUUUCCAAGCGAAAAUGCAAUACUUACACAUAUUUACACACACUUAUACUUAUUUACUCAAACAUACAUACAGUAUACACACACACACACACAGAGUAAACUUAAACGUUAUUAUGUAUAAUUUGUUGAUUUAUUUGAUAAAAUUUUGGCGUUUUAAUUGGACUCUUAAGCGUUGAAAAAGCGUUAAACUGAAUGCUAAAGUAUAAAAAAGUAAAUAAAAAUAAGAAAAUUAAAAAAUGAAAAAAAAAAAUUAAAUUAUAUGUGAAUAGGGCAUGUAAUUGUGCUUUGUACUUAUAAAUGAUUGUAAAAAAAAUAUUUUAUAAAAAAUCGACGCAUACCUUGAAUUACUUGCGUUUAUUGUGUAUUAUAAAAAAAAAGUAGAAAUUUACCGCCUUAUGCAUAAAAAAUUUACUGGUUUCGAAAUGCUGUUUAUAAAAUGACGAUUACGUCAGGCAAUUGUUUUUGUUUAUGAAACAUUUCAGAAUAUUUUUAAAUUUUUUAUGAAUUUGGUUGGCUGUUAAAAAGCAUACUUCCAAGUAACAAAGUAUCACAAAAUAAUUUUACUUUACGUUAUGUAAUAUAAUAUUUGUUCUAAAUAUGUACUAAAACCCAAGAAAUUCCUUAAUUGCAAAAUGUACAUUUUUUUGUUUAAAUUAAAUUGUUUACCUUUAUCUUUUCGCGCGUUUCUUAGUCGUAAAAAUUAGUUAAAAAACAACAAAUUAUAAAGAAGCGCAUAAAAUCUGAAAUGCGUAAAUCAUUUCGAAAUGUUUUUGAAAGAAAUUUUGUAAUUUAGUAUUUUAAGAACAAAUGAAAAUAAAAUAAAAUUUAGUAAAAAACAAAACGAAACAGUAUGUAAAGCAACUAAGAACUAAAAUUGCAUACCUACACAUAACAAAAAAAAAAUUGUAUUAAAUUAAAAAAAAAAACAUGUCUAGCAGUUGCAGGCCAAAUGAGCAACGAUUUCAACGGUUUUGCGCUGAGAAAAAAUUAUAUAUAAAUUCAUAAAAAUACAUGAGAAAGCAGAAUUCACAAAAAAUAGAAAAGAAUUUACUUUAAGCUCACGUACCAUAAUAAAAAAAUAUAAUAAUAACAACAACAAAAACACAAAGUGCUAGAAACUAAACAAAAGAAGGUUUAGUAACUAACUCAUAAGCGCUAGUUGUAAAAUCAAAAUAAAGAAGUAAAAUAAUAUAAAAAACCCAAAAACAAAAAAAAAUCACAAAAAGCAUAGAACAAAAAUCGCGUAACACAACAUGCAGUUACUGUUAAUAGAACCAAACGAAAAGUGGCAAUAGUCGAAAAUUUACAACAAAUAGAAUAGCUAAAGCAGACACCAAAAUCAUAAACCUGUUGAACAAAAAACACUAAAUUUUGUAAAAAAAUAUUUAGAAGCUAAAUAUUCCACAAGCGUAGUUAAUCGGUUUAAAUGUAAUCUUAGAGAGUCGAGCAAAUCGAUUUGUCGCACACACCGCUAACAGCCAACUAAUUGAAGCUAACGAUCUGAAAGUGCAGCAGCACUCAAACUACAGAUGAAACAUGGCGCUCAAACUGUGCCAAAGUGCUGGCUGUCAGCGUAGAGACCCUAUUAGGAAAUUAGUUAUGCGCUUUGUGGCAUGGAGGAACAUUGAAAACGUCACUAAUAAAUAAAUGCAUUACAACAAAAAACGAAAAUAAAAUACAAAUAGCAGAAGUUACCAAAAGAAGCAAGUGUUAGGCAUAGAAAAAAAGUAUAAUAAAUGAGAAAAAACUAUAUAUGUAUGUAUGCAUGUAAGUGAGUGUAAGAGAGCAAAGAUAUAUGGUUUGAUGAGUUGUUUUUAUUACAAGUUAUAUUUCUGUUGUUAGGUGAAAACAAUAUAAUUCACAUUUGUUCAAAAGCAUGCGCCAAACAGAUGCAAAAAGAAAAGGUGAAACAAAAAAAAAAACAAAAAACUAUACAAGAGCAAUGGAAAGUAGCGCAAAAGGCCAAAAUGAUUAUAUAAAACAAAAAGAAAAAGUUGAGCAAAAGUGACCGCAGAAAAAUAAAUAUAACUAAAUUGAAAACUGAACGAAUAGAAAACAGCUGGCAAAAUUUUUUAAAUAUUCAAAUGAUAUGUGCCAAAAGGCCACACUUUAUAUUUCAAUGUGGAUUGAGAGUAAAAUUGGAAGUGAUUGUUGUUGUUGAAUACUGCUAGAAUGACAGUUCCCGACUGUCGUGGGAAUGGGAAAUUUGAAGUUGAAUAUUCCACUCAAACUUUAAUUUAAGAUCUGCCUCUUUAAGUAACCUUAAAUUACCUUAAAGUAACUCAACAAUCAAUUCGUUUUCAGUGGUUCUCUACAGAAUUUUAGCAAACCUUGCUUUUGUGCGAUAGUCAGAAUAUUUUUAAUUUUACAGCUGCAAUCCAUCAACAUUCAAUGCAAAGAUAAACUCAAUGGAGUGCGCCAACCUAGCUGUUAUUUUUGAAGACAAGCUGCAUGUCAUAAAUUAGUUUGCCUGGCCCUUAUUUAAGUAAGAAAUUUAAAGUUCGUGUGCUUUCUCCGUAACAGCGUUAGUAACACUUUCAAAGACGGACGAAUUUGUUGCAACUACUAAACUUUAAUUUUUUAAAUAUCUUGUGGAGCCUUUUUGCACUCGAUGCCGUCUGUUACGAUUCGCCCUUGGGUUGCCAUAGCUGUCGGGUGUUUAUAUACAUAUUUAUAUUCAAGGAUUCCGAAAAUCAGCAACAUUUGACAAAAAUUGAUGGGUAAUGCUUUAUGCUAUUACAGCAACAACAAACCCUGGUCUUCACCCUGACUCCUGACGCAUUUACAGUCACCAUAUCUUCAGUACUAGUGAAACAUUUUCAAAAUAGUAAAUUUUCUUUCUUAAAAACGAUCCAGUUGAAAGCCACUGGAAAUGCCAGCUCGGCAAUGCUCUUGAGAGGAGUGCGUCAUAUACCAGGAUGACAGAUAACAAGAUUUGGCCAUCCGAAGCAGAAUUGUGAGAGAAACUUCGUAUGCCAAGUCCUCGGGGAUUCAGCAGCAGAAUUUUUAUCGCAGAUUUCGCACGUCUUCUCACACAUCACCACACACAAGUGCUGGCUGCUUUGAUUUUUUCAUAUUACCAAUACAAUCUCAAGGUUUGGUCGUCGGAAACAAACUGCUUUCACAUCCCCUGUUGCGUCAACAAAUCAUCUGAUUCCUUCAAAUUCAUUGAGAGCCGGUUAAUGGUCUGAUGCUGGCCACACCUUUUGAAUGCCUUUCACUAAGCGUCAUAUGUAUAUGUAUGUUGAAAACGCUCCAAAUUUGACUCCCAUUUUUUACACUGAAAAAUUAAGUGCACUGUAUUGGAACACCCUGUAUGCAGCAUCAUUCAUUCCAAUAAACUAUGUGCCUCAUUUUAGCCUGCGCGCAGCUACAUACAUAUGUACGUACAUGUGCAAGUGCAGUAGAGCAAGUGGCAGGAGAAAUGUUGGAAAUAAAUUUCGGCGAAAAAUGUUGCUGCAAUAUUGUUUCCAGCUGAAAAUGUUGAUAGCAUCAACUCGGCACCCAAAAAAGUGCCGAGCUAAGCGCUCGGGUGAGCCAUAUAUGUAUGUGGUGCAGCAAAUGUUGCUGGCAGCAUGUGCCUAGUAACAUUACUGCGUAAAGAAAAUCCUCAACCAUUUUUUUCGACAAAGUUAAUGCCUGGCAUUCUACGUACAUCUACCCGUAAAGGUGAUAAUAUCAAUAAUACGGCAGCAAAAUGCGCCUGUCCACUCACACAUACACACUAACAUGUUGAAACUAAUAGUGUAAGUGUGCGUGCUAGAAAGGUUUAAAUAAAAAUUAACAAGACAAAUUUAAUCUAAUAAAGAAAAUGUAUGUAUGUUAAUUCUUAUGUAAAUCGUAACAGACGAUCGAAAAACAAAAUGUUAAAGAAAAAUCGUUAAACUAAACAAAGAUAAAGAAGUACGUAAAAUUAAAAGCAAAAACAAAAACAAUAUAAAUAAUGUAGCAAGUAAACAUAUUGUGAAAACGAGUCGUAAACAAAAAAACAAAAAAAACAAAAGAGUAAAACAAAAGGCAGAAAUGUACUAAAGAUAAAGGUAAAUUAAAUGAAGACAAGAUUAUUAUUUAACAUUUAAAUAAAUCAUGUAAUUAUAUUAAAGAAAUUUAAGAAUUAUAAAAGAAAUAAAAAAAAUAUUCAUUUA